AUGGAUAGAAGGUGUUUUGCCAUUUUAUGCCAUUUACUAAGGAUGAUUGCUGGAUUAGUCGGAAUAGAAAUUAUAGAUGUAGAGGAGAUGGUUGUCAUGUUUCUACAUAUAUUAGCUUAUGAUGUGAAGAAUCAAAUGAUACAAAGGGAAUUUAUACGGUAUGGUGAGACUGUUUCUAGAUAUUUCAACCUUGUCUUGUUAGCAGUUUUGCGGUUACACGAUGAGUUGUUGAAAAAACCUCAGCCAAAUUAUCUUGGUGCGUUAGAUGACAUAUACAUUAAGGUGAAUGUCAGUGCAACUGAUCGUCUAAGGUACAGGACACGGAAGGGUGAAGUUGUGACAAAUGUACUUGGUGUUUGCGAUACAAAAGGUGAUUUCGUGUUUGUUUUAUCUAGGUGGGAAGGAUCGACCGCUGAUUUCAGAAUUCUUAGAGAUGCAAUAUCAAGACAUAACAGACCGAAGGUUCCAAAGGGGGAGAAAGAUAUCAUCUUUCAGAGUGGCGUGGAUGAGGUAAUGCACCAACAACAGCUUGAGAGUUCUUCAACAUGA